AUGACCACUGUUUCAAAUAAAAAAAUCAUUAUAGAUGGAGCAUUAGGAACAGAAUUAGAAAAUUUAAUUGAUUCUAAAGUUUCAUAUUUACCAAGUAAGAGUCCUUUAUGGUCAGGUCAAGUUUUAAUAGAUGCGCCGCAUUUUGUUGAAAAAGUUCAUCAAUCAUAUAUUGAAUCAGGCUCAAAUUUAAUUAUAACUUCAACUUAUCAAUUAUCUUAUAAAAGUUUACAAAAACAUACCAAAUUUAAUGAUGAUGAAAUAAAAAAUUUAUGGCAAAAAUCAAUAGAUGUUAUAUAUGAAGCUAUAUCGAAAGCUAGUUCAACAAACAAAUUUAAUAAAAUCCAAGUUGCUGGUUCAAUAGGUCCUUAUGCUGCAUUUCUGGCUAAUGGAUCUGAAUAUACUGGAGAUUACGGUCUGAUAAAUAUUUUAGAAUUACAAGAGUUUCAUAAACCUUUGGUAGAAUUUUUUUCAAUCAACAAAGGAAUUGAUUUCCUAUUAUUUGAAACAAUACCGAAUUUUUUAGAAUUAAAAGCUGUUAAUGAAUAUAUGAAAGAAUCAAAAAUUAAAGAUUAUGUCCUAAGUAUAACUUGUCAAUCAAAAGAUAAAUUAACAGAUGGAACACCACUAGAAGAAGUUAAAAAUUAUCUUGAUUCAAAUUAUGAUUCAAAAUUAUUAAGUAUAAAUUGUGUUGAUUAUACUUUGAUAAAUAAUAUAAUUUCUCAAUUUCCAGGAUAUAAAUUUUAUAUAUAUCCAAAUUUAGGAUUUGAAUAUGAUUCAAAUUUACAUCAAUUUAAACCCAAAGAUUAUACAGGUGAAAAUACAUGGAAAAAAUUUAUUGAAAAUUUAAAUAAAGAUGAAAGAAUCUUGGGAAUCGGUGGUUGUUGCAAUACUGGACCAAAAGAAAUUAAACAAAUAUAUGAUAUAGUGAAUUCCUAG